AUGGAUUCUGAUCUUUAAAAUCUAGAUCUUAAUUCAAAGCCUAGCAAUGAAUAAUAGACUGAACAGCCGUUUAAUGACUAUGGCUCUCCAGUUAAGAAUUCAAAAUAGACUAGUCAUAUGGCUUAAUCAAUGAGAAAAUUUAAAGUUUACUGGAAUGGAGCUAAGGAACCAAUGAGAACAACUGACAUCUUUAAAAAAUAAAUCAUGCAGAAGCAGUAAUAUAAAAUGAAUACUUUAGAAUCAAAUGAUCCUCAGCACAUCUAUUAACAAACAAUAAUAGAUUUGACUAAAGAUAAACCAAAAGAAAAAAAAUAGUCGGAAGCAAGAUCUAUUAACAGGAAGCGAACGAGCUAACUAAGUACCCAUUCUCUCUAGCCCCUUAAGGAGACAAUUAACUAAAGAGAUGAAAAGUUGCUUGAAAAUAGGAUAAAACUAUUGCAUAAUGAGGAAUAAAAAAUAUUAAAAAAGAUUGAUAAUACAAGGAGAUAGGCUGAGAAAAUUAUGGCUAUCAAACUGCAUAAUGAAGAGCAACAGAGAAGGAAAAUUUAGUUAUAAAUUAAUUAAGAUAGCAGUAUUGAAAGAUUCAGGGAGUAAGCUAAACAGGAGAAGGAUUAGCAAAGACAAAGGUACAUGGAACUUUCAAGAACAAUUAUGGAUAAUAAAAGAGAGAGUUACUUGUCAGAGAAAUAAAGGAGGAUGAGAGACGAGAGAAUAAAGGAAGAAUAUCUUUAAUCAGUUAUCCUUGAAAAUUAAGAGAGGAAGGUAAGUGUUAAACAAUAAGAAUAAUAAGCGAGAGAGAAAUUUCACAAAUUCUGGGAGGAAAAGUUGCAACAAGCUUAGUAAAACUAUGCCAAUAAGAUUAGUAAAGAGGCAUCAAAGGUACAAUUUAAAGCUAAUAAUAUCAAUUCAAUGGAGUCUAAAGAAGCUGAAAUAUUAAGAAAACUUUAAACAACUUAAAAAAGGUAGAUUGAAGUAUAUUAGCAACUUGAGGAUAUUAUUAAAAACAAUAGGAAAAGUAUUACAUUUAGUGAUGAUACUCCGUGA